AUGACCUCGCAGUAUUCACCAUAUUGCGUGCCAUUAAAUCCCGACUAUCUUCGCAAAAAUCGAAAAUUACGGGUUGUUUGCAUUGGCGCAGGUUUCGCUGGAAUCACUCUAGCAUAUAAAGUCGCGCACGAGUUGAAGCUCGAAGACAUUAUCAGCUUUCAGAUUUACGAGCGGCAGAGUCACCCAGGAGGAACCUGGUUCGCAAAUCACUACCCUGGGCUCACAUGCGAUGUCCCUAUCCAUGUCUACACUCUCCCUUUUAAUCCAAAACAUGACUGGAAGAAUUUCCUCGCGACCGGGCCAGAAAUUGAGGAAUACAUCCUGGAAACCACCAAGAAAUUCGAUUUGGAAAGAUUCAUGAAAUUCAACACAAAUGUGAUUGAAGCUAAUUUUGACGAAGUAAUCGGGAAAUGGAGUUUGACGGUUGAGUCGGAGGGCGUGAUUUCACAAGACCAGUGUGACAUCUUGAUCGGCGCUUCUGGAACGCAGAGCACUCCGCUCACGCCCAAUAUUCCGGGACUCAGCAGUUUCAAAGGCAAACUCGUUCACACUGGAAAUUGGGACGAUUCAUUGGAUUGGAAAGGCAAGAAAGUUGGUGUGAUCGGCAAUGGCUCGUCGGGUAUUCAGGUGUUUCGCGCAAUGCAACCAGAUGCAGCUUCCGUCACACACUACAUUCGCAAACCGACCUGGAUCUCGAUGAGCUAUGCUCACCAAUUUACGCCUGAAGGCAGGAACUUCGCAUACUCUCCGGAGCAGGUAGAAUCGUUCAAGAACCCCAAAAAUCUAUUCAAGUAUAGGAAGAUGAUUGAAAGCUUCAACAACGGCCUUUUCAUGCGACUAGUCUUCAAUGAAACUGGUAAAGAGGCUAAGCAGGGAUUUCGAGCGGAGCUCGAGCGCUGGAUGAGCGACCGCCUUCACGGGGACCCAGCGCUGGUCAAUCGCCUGAAGCCUUCCUACCAGCCUUGGUGCCGCCGACUUACCCCUGAAGAUAAAUAUCUAGAGGCUUUGCAGGCUCCAAACGCAGAACUCGUCGACUCAAAAAUAGAGACUGUCACCGAGGAUGGCAUCCGCAACUGCGACGGCUCAUUUCGCCCGUACGACAUCAUCAUUCUCGCCACAGGGUUUGUCAACAACCGCAUUCCACCAUGGACGAUGAGAGGUCGGGGUGGGAUCACUCUCUCAGAAAGAUGGAAGGAUAAUGUGGACGGCUACAUCAGUGUCUGUGCUCCGGACAUGCCGAAUUAUUUCAGUAUUGGCUGCGGACCCAAUUUCCCCAUCGCAAAUGGACCUGUUCUUUCUGCGAUGGGCUUCGUGUCCAGUUACAUUCUGAAAUGGGUUCUCAAGAUCUCGUCAGAGGACAUCAAAUCCGUGUGUGUCAAGAACGAACGCGUCGAGGCAUACAAUAUCUACCUGCAGGAAAUUCUCCGCCGUACAGCGUGGAAUGAGGACUGUGAUUCUUGGUAUAAGAAAGGCAAAAUUGACGAAUAUCGCACCGGUAUUACGGCAAUCUACCCUGGCAGUAUGAACCACUUCAGAGAAAUGCUCAGCGAGUUGCGUGGGGAAGAUUUUGACUUUGUUUACAACACCAACAACCCUUUCAAUUUCAUCGGAAACGGUUUGACGAAGGUGGAUUUCGACGAGAAUGGGGAUCUCACUGCGUAUUUGGCUGAUACGGUGAAGUUUGACCACUUCAACCCAUAA